AUGGUAGCAGUGAUUUUAAAUGCAGACAGUUUCAGUAUGGGCAACACACUGAGAGCAAUCAUUGCCUUCAUCCCUUCUGAUGAUUGCCAGAAAUACCUCCUGGGAGACCUUGAAGAGAUGCCAAUUGAUAGAAUGGUGGAUCUCAGCAGCAGGCAGCUGAGGAGAUUUCCCUUGCAUGUUUGUUCAUUCAGGGAGCUCGUCAAGCUGUACUUGAGCGACAAUAACCUGCAUCAGCUGCCCCCAGAGCUAGAACAGCUGCAGAAUCUCCAGAUCUUGGCAUUAGAUUUCAACAACUUCAAAGCGCUGCCCCUGGUGGUGUGCACCCUGAAGCAGCUGUGCAUCCUCUACCUGGGCAACAACAAGCUCUGCGACCUGCCCCAGGAGCUCAGUCUCCUGCAGAAUCUCAAAACCUUGUGGCUCGAGUCCAACUGCCUGAGCCACCUGCCCGAGGUAGUGUGUGAGCUGAGCCUCCUCAAGACCCUGCACGCCGGCUCCAACGCGCUGCAUACGCUGCCCGCCGGGCUGCGGUGCCUGCAGGAGCUGCGCUCCAUCUGGCUCUCCGGCAACCUGCUGGCUGACUUCCCCCCGGUGCUGCUGCACAUGCCAUUCCUGGAGGUGAUCGACGUGGAUCGCAAUGCCAUCAGGUCCUUCCCCAGCCUGGCUCACCUCCCCGGCCUCAAGCUGGUGAUCUACGACCACAACCCCUGCAGGAACGCGCCCAAGGUGGCCAAGGGGGUGCGCAGAGUGGGGAGGUGGGCAGAGGAGACCCCUGAGCCCAGGAAGCGCUCCGAGCUGGGCAGGGAGGAGGAGACCGAUGGCAAGGAACCACCACUUCCCCCUGACAAGCAGCCCCAGCCCUGCUAA